CCUCCCGCCCGCCCAAACCCGAGAUCUCGCAGCGCCACCCGCCGUCCCGCCCACGCAAGCACUCGUCCGGCUGCCGGGUGCGUAGCCGAAGCAACCCGGCCGCGCCGAGCCGGCUGGGCCAGAUUCCCGGUGCUCCGGCGGUGCUAGAUCUGUGAGAUCUCGCCCGCCGAUCCCACCUCCCCCGAGGUGUGCGCAGGGAAUCUUUACAUGUCACGGCUAUAGAGUGAUAUAUAUCUCUUGCUGGUGCUGUUUGUGGUGCUGCUGGUCCUGGUUGGUUUGAGAAGAUGCAGAGGAAUGGGGUGAUGGAAUGCAGCGUCUGCCACUCCAAGGUGGUGGCGGGGACCCCCAGGAGCAUAUCAAGGGCAUACGACAAGCACAAGAGCAAGAUAUCGUCCAAACAGCGCGUGCUCACCUUCCUUCUUGUGUCCGGGGACUGCGUCUUGGUCGGCCUUCAGCCUAUCCUAGUAUUUAUGUGCAAGGUUGAUGGGAAAUUUCAGUUCAGUCCCAUCAGUGUUAACUUUUUGACGGAAGUUACAAAGGUUUUCUUUGCUAUGAUAAUGCUAAUAAUUGAGUCUAGAAAACAGAAGGUUGGGGAGAAGUCACUUCUCUCAGUUUCGACCUUUGUACAGGCAGCCCGUAACAAUGUACUCUUAGCUAUUCCCGCUCUACUAUAUGCCAUCAACAACUACUUAAAGUUUAUCAUGCAGUUAUACUUCAACCCCUCGACUGUGAAGAUGCUAAGCAACCUGAAGGUACUUGUCAUAGCUGUACUCCUAAAGUUUAUAAUGCGAAGGAGAUUCUCUAUAAUUCAGUGGGAAGCCCUUGCCCUGCUGCUUAUUGGAAUCAGUGUGAAUCAACUACGCUCAAUGCCUGAGGGCACCAAAACUUUUGGUCUUCCAGUCACCGCAAUUGCAUACAUAUACACACUAAUAUUUGUUACUGUCCCAUCGUUUGCCUCUGUCUACAACGAGUAUGCAUUAAAAAGUCAGUUCGACACAAACAUCUAUCUUCAGAAUGUAUUUCUGUAUGGUUAUGGUGCAAUUUUCAAUCUCCUUGGAAUCCUAGGGACCGUCAUAUUUCAAGGGCCAGAGAGUUUUGAUAUCCUUCGAGGGCAUUCAAGGGCCACUUUUUUCCUCAUUUGUAACAAUGCUGCGCAAGGAAUUCUCUCUUCAUUCUUCUUUAAGUAUGCAGACACAAUUUUGAAGAAGUACUCAUCAACAGUGGCCACAAUUUUUACUGGGCUAGCAUCUGCUGCAUUUUUGGGACAUACCCUUACUAUUAACUUUCUAUUAGGCAUCUCAAUAGUGUUUAUCUCAAUGCACCAGUUUUUCUCGCCACUAGCCAAAGUCAAAGAUGACAAACCAGCUGGAACUUUAGAGUUGGGAGAUGCACAGAAACAUAGGUCAUCCGAUUCUUCUUUUGUAAAUAUGACUGCUGGUGCUGCUGAUGAUGCAAGCCACAUUAGCGAUGAUAGAAAACCAUUGUUGCCAAUCUAACACUAUAUUUGAGGUAGGUAUAGAAGAAAAUUCUUUUUGCCGCGAACCACAAAUAUCUGUAGCAUGGUAGAUUAAACCAAAUGCUCAUGUAAACUGUAAAAGGAAAAGAAAUAUUUAUAUGUAAGAGGCCAUCCUAUUCUUUCUUUCUUUUUUGACCCCAACUUUUUUGGGGGCGACAAAUGAGGGGGUGGUACACAUUACUUAUUCCAUACAAAUUCACUGAUGAUAUACGAUAGUUUUUCUCAUGCGCCUUUUGGCUAAAUUGGUGUGCUCAAUGUUGUACCAAAUGUAUAUCCAUAUGUACUCACCAUUAUUAAAUGCUGCCUAUCAGAUUUCCCUGA